AAGUCGGACGGGAACACCCGCUUCCAAAAGUUGGGGCGUCCGGCCCGUCACGUAAGCACAUGGUUCGGGUCUGGCACACUGACUGGCGCAUGUUCCCCUCUGCUGCAAUUCUGAAUCCCAUAGAGGACCUAAAAUGUCAGGAGACCCAUCACAGCAACUGGCGUCACCAGCAGGGGGACCAGGAGAGCCGAAGCGAUCGACAACAACAGAUGCUGACGGGACACCAUCACCGGGUUCCAAACACGCCGCGAGCUCGAUAGAAUCAAAACCUGCGCUGGAUGUCCCCACUGCCACAAACACAGAUGGAACCAACGGUUCGGCACCGACGAUAAAGAUGCCUAUCGCGACCAACAAAUUCAGCAACGACGGCUCCUUCGCGGAAAGGUUCAAGCUAAUGCAUGCCGAAGCAGAGGAGAAGCGGAAAAACGAGGAGGCGGUCAAGAAGAAAACAACCUGGGAAUCUUCUUUCCGCACCCGCGGCAAGCGAAAAAAGGGAACAACAACCGCCUCAUCAGAAGGCAGUGCGGCCAAAAAAGCGAAAGAAGGGUUUCCAGAGACAGAGACGACCGAACUGGACGAAGCGGCGUCGGCUUAUUUGAAGGAAAUGGCGAGGAUCAAGGAGAAGUUGCCGGGUGGGGACAAGGGGAGUGGUGUUAGGCCUUUGGUCAAGUGAUGGGAUGGAUGGCAUUUGGGGAGUACAGAUUGGGGAUUACAGAGACGGACAAUAUCAUGGAUGAUACGAAAUGGAAUCGAUAAAUAUUGAAUUUAUCUACAUGUACUGGAGGAAUUCCCUACAU